AUCGGAACCACUGUGUUGUCAGUUUUUGCAAGAGAUCUUGACGCUGGAGCCAAUGGUGAGAUCGUCUACUCGCUGGCAGAAGGCGAGGGACACGAUCUGCUCUCGAUCAACACUCGAUCCGGGGUGAUCCAGACAGCAGCUCCACUUGACAGAGAGACCCUGGCGUUGAUAAGGCUCGAUGUUUUCGCCACCGACAACGGAGAUCCACCGAGGAAGAGCUCAGCUUUGGUUGAGAUCGGUAUCACUGAUGUGAACGACAACGCGCCAGUCUUUGAGCAGGAGAUCUACAACAUCAGUGUGAUGGAGAAUGCGACUUUGCCGGCUACUGUAGCCCGCUUAAAAGCCACCGACAAGGACAGUGGAGUUAACGGAAAAGUGCACUACAGCAUUGUGGCCACCUCUCAAGUCCCUAUCACUGUCGACUAUAACACCGGCGAAGUGGUGCUCAGAGAACAUCUGGAUGCUCGGAGCUCGCCUUUCGCUGUGUUGGCCCGAGCCAAAGAUGGCGCUCAACCAGCCUUGAGCACUACCGUAUCUCUGUUGAUUUACGUCGUCGAUAUCAAUGAUCAUGCCCCAACGUUUAUCGCGUCCCAGAAGAAAAUCUUCCUUGAAGAGAAUGUGGCUGUAGGGGAUGAAGUUGGCCGAGUGUACGCUAUCGACGAGGAUUCUGGUGACAACGGCAUCAUCAGGUAUUCCCUGAAUGGCUCGUCGGAUUUCUCAAUCGACCCUGAAUCAGGGAUCAUCCGUACCACAGUGUCGCUUGAUAGAGAAAGAACCGCUCAAUACAUCCUGCAGGUGACGGCUGCUGACCAGGGUAAUCCGCCGCUUUCAUCGUCCACUGAAAUCAUGGUCAUUGUCAAAGAUGUGAAUGAUAAUGCUCCCGAGUUCGCGAAGGCCGAGUACAACAUCACACUCUCCGAAGAAACCCCACGUGGCAGUCAUUUGUAA